AUGGCUAGCCUGCAGUCCGCGGUGGAAGCGCUGAGGAUUCAGAAUGCUCAGCUGUCCCAGCAGGCGGAGCAGAUGCAGCAGCAGAACGUACAGAUCAGGACAGAGCUCGCUCGGCAGGUGCAGGCGCAGGGUGACCUACCACGUCUGGCUGAGCAGCUUGGCGACGCGGUGCAGAAGCUAUCGGAAGAACGCAAGGAGAAGUCGUCUGCGCCGGCCUUCUCACUCGUAGACACCAAGGGGUUGGGCAAACCCUCCAUCUUCAAGAACGAGGAGGCCAAGUUCCUGGAGUGGUACCGCAAGACGAAUGCGUACCUGACGGCGAUCUUCGGCGAGCAGUUUCGCAAACUGCUGGAGUGGGUGGAGGACCAGGCGCAGGAGACCACAGUGAUCAGCAUGGAGGUCCUGGAGGCGCGGUUUGGCAGUGACGAUGAUGACGAAGAUGAGUUCAUUCCGGACCUCCGCGAGAAGGUCAGUCAGCUUUACGUCGCACUCCAGACGCUGACCGAGGGUGAGAGCUUCGCCCUAGUCAUGAACACGCCCAAGGGCAACGGCGCGGAGGCGAUGAGGAAGCUCAUCCGGCGCUGGGACCCAGCGUCGGGGGGCAAGCGCCGCGUCCUCUUGAAGCAAAUCAUGAACCCGCAGCGGUGCACCCUCAGCGACCUGUACGCGAAGCUCGAGGAGUGGGAGGAGCUCAUCCGCAGGUACGAGAGGAAGAAGGCGGACGGCGCGGGCAAGGUGGUCGACGACGACGUGAAGGUCGCGGCCCUGGAGACCAUGGUGCCGGAGGAGCUCGAACUCCACCUCGCGAUGAACAAGCAUAGGCUAGACACGUCGGAGAAGGUCAUAGAGGAGAUCCGGAGCUUCCUGGAGUCGAGACAGUCGCAAGGCGCCCUCCUCCGACGGAAGCGAGGCGACCCGAUGGACGUUGACUCGCUGUACAAAGGAGGCAAGGGCAAGUCCAAAGGCAAGGGUGACAAGAAUGGCAAGAAGGGCCAGACUCCCAAGCCGCGUGACAAGCGGAUGGUGCAGUGCUGGCGUUGCAGUGGCUGGGGCCAUACGUCCAAUGAGUGCACGGCCCGCCUGCCUGGCGGGAAGACCGGCGACGGCAAGGGCAGCAAAGGCAAAGGUAAGGGCAAGGGCACGGACAAGGACAAGUCCAAGGGCAAGAACCGCCGCUGGGACACCAACUCCUUCGAGCCCGGUGCCGCGUCAAGCUCUGGCCAGCCGGUGUACGGAGACAACUGGGAUGACGGCAACCACAGCACGGUCACCAGCCUUCCGCCCUCGGCGAGCCAGGUGGGCUCCACGAACCUCGGCUCCUUCGAGCUGUGCGCGUUCGAGCUCAACAGCUUCGACGAGACCGUCGACGACCAGGAGUGGAUCAGGUUCACGUUCGACUCGGGCGCGGCCGUGACCACCUUCCCCGAGAACACCAAGGGCGAGCGGCUCCCGGCCGAUCCGAACGCGAGCUAUCGGACGGCCAGCGGUGAGAUCAUAGCCGACUCGGGCGGGGUAUGCAUCCAAGGGCGCUCCGAGUGGAGCGAGCCGAUCAGCCUGAAGGCGCGGUUGGCCAGCAUCCACAAGCCGCUGGUCUCGGCCUCGCAGACUCGCCGCACGGGUCGGGCCACAUGGCUGACGAAGGAGGGCGGCUACAUCCUCCCGGCCGGCUCGGACAUCGUGAACCGCGUCGACGCUCUCAUCCGCGAUGUUGCGUGGAGCGAGGCGGGCGUGGUGCCUCUGUACAUCGAGAAGGGCAUCUACGCAGGCUACAUCAAGAAGAACGAGGGAGGCCACGUCAAGAGGGUCUCGUUCGGCGACCACCGCGAGAGCUGGGACCUGUGCCUGGUCGAGGGCGGGGCGCCGACGCAAGCCGAGCGGGAGCAGCACUUGGCAUCCGGCCACGCGGUCUACCGCUCGUGGUGCGAGGAGUGCGUGCGGGCAGCCGGCCUGGGCACCCAGCGCGCCCGGCGACCUGAGGAUCGCGAUGACGCCGACCCGGUCGUCAGCAUGGACUUCGCCUUCAUCGGGGAGAAGGUCCAGGACGUGGAGGACGACGGCUCCAUCCCCAUCUUAGUGGUGACGGACCGCAAGUACGGCAUGAAGGGCGCGACCGCCGUCAAGGACAAGACCGCGUCCGACUUCGCGGUCAAGUGGCUCGUGGGCUUCCUGAAGCACCUCGGGCACCGCCGCGUCGUGCUCAAGUCCGACGGCGAGGCGAGCAUCUGUGCGAUCAAGAAUGCAGCGAUGGUUGGCGUGGGCCAGCAGGUCGAGUGCAUCCCGCAGGAGUCGCCCAAGGGCGAGCACAAGAGCAACGGCGAGGUCGAAGCCAGCGUGAAGGAGGUGAAGAAGGUCAUCCGCGCGAACUUCUUCUCCAUGCAGAAGUCCUUCGGCUUCGAGAUCUCGCCUGGGCAUCCCAUCGUCAGGUGGCUGCCCCAGUUUGCCGCGGACUCCAUCUCCAAGGUCAGGCUCGGCGUUGACGGCAUGUCGGCCGAGCAGCGGAGGCGUGGCCGCCCCUGGAGGAAGUUCGCGGCGGAGUUCGGCGAGAGGGUGCACUAUCGACCUCUCGGAGUCGGAGACGAGAGGAGCACGCUGGCCCCCAAGAUGCUCACGGGGCACUUCGUGGGCUACCACUCGCGGACGGGCGCGCUGCUCGUCAUGACGCAGUCGGGUGUCGUGCGGGCCCAGGGCUUCAAGCGCCUACAUCGAGCCCAGGCAUGGUCACCGGAGGCGCCAGGGUCGUGGGGCAGGCUUGCUGGGCUGCCGUGGGAGGUUUCCCCCGCGGCGUUGCUCGCGCCGCCCGUGGGCCCGAUCACCGUGACCAGAGACACGCAGGAGGACCACGACACCGUGGUCAGGAGGCGCUACGUACUCAAGAAGGACAUCGAACGCUUCGGAGCCACUCCGGGGUGUCCAGGCUGCGCAGACCUCAUGGCAAGAGGGUCGGCGCGGGUCGCGCACUCCCAAGAGUGCCGCGAUCGCAUCGAGGCCGAGCUGAUGAAGGACUCGGCAGGCCAGCGGAGACUGGCGGAGCACCACUUGAAGGCGAGUGCUCGCGAGGCUCAGGUGGAGGAGAGCGCGGCGCAGCCGGCGCCCCAGGGGCUCAAGAGAGCCGGGAGCGAGCCGGACCUCCACGGGCAGAUGAUCGUGGACGGAGGCUCGAGCUCGUCGGCGGGACCGGCGAGCGCGGCAGUGUCCGCCGGGCUGGUGCAGCCCGCGCCUAGCCCAGAGGGGGCUAGAGGAGGAGGCGACAUGGAGGACUUGGCAGGGCCAGCCGCGCGGGCUGGCAGCUCCAUGGACGUCGGCGCCUUUGACGAGGUCAAGGGCAAGAUCUACAGGGAGAUCCUGGCGCUGGUGAGCGCCGCGGACCUGAUCGGCGACAACGCCAGGUCGAUCGAGGAGCUGAAGGAGGUGUCCGCGCUGCUGACCGAGAUCAACGGGGUCGACCUCGCAGAGGUCUACUCGCCCGAGCGCUUCAAGGGCAAGGCGCUCGGCAUGGGCCUGACUGCAGGCCUCGCGGCGGACCUCUACACCGGCUGGGACUUGCUUCGCGAGGACCACCGCCGGGCAGCCAUGAAGAAGCUGCUGGAGGACGACCCUCUCCUCACGGUGACCUCCCCGCCGUGCACGGUCUUCUCCAAGCUCAGGCAGCUCAGCAACUUCAAGCGGGACGAGGGCAUCGUGGCUUCCGAGGUCUUCGAGGGCGAGACACACCUGGAGUUCUCCAUGAAGGUGUGCGAGAGCAGGCAUCAGCGAGGAGCACUCUUCCUGCGCGAGCACCCCUGGGGCGCAUCCUCCUGGUCGCGGCCGUGCGUCCAGAGGGUCAAGGAGUUGCCGGGCGUGUACUUGGUGCGCGGCCCGAUGUGCCGCUGGGGCCUCCACGCUCGGGGGCCCGACGGGCGCGAGGCAUUCGUGCGCAAGGAGACGGGCUGGCUGACGAACUCGCAGGUCUUGGCCGGCAUCCUUGCUGGGGAGUGCCGCUGCCCGUCCGUCGGCGGCGAGCCCUACCGGCACGUGCACUUGCUCGGCGACAAGAGGGCUCUGCGGGCGCAGGUGUACCCACCCCGCCUGGUCAGAGCCAUCCUUCGCGGCCUCAGGGAGGAACUUCGAGCUCGAGAAUCGCUGACGGACCUGGCGGGCUUCACCGCCGGGCCCUCGCCGCACGCGGAGGACAUGGACCAGGAGGCGGAGGCGUUCGUGGACGACGUCCGCGGGGGCUUCCUCGACCCGCUGAAGGUGAAGGAGGCCAGGGCUGAGAAGCUGGAGUGGCGCCGUAGCCGCGGAGUGUGGAAGAAGGUUCCACGCCGCGAGAUGGAGGCGGAGGGAGGUCGUGCCAUCGACACGCGGUGGAUUGACACCAACAAGGGGGACCUCGAGCGACCGCUGUAUCGCUCGAGGCUCGUGGCACGGGAGAUGAAGGUCCGCCGGCGCGCUGAGGGGCUGCUGCCGCCGCAGCAGGACCUCUUUUCGGGGGCGCCACCGCUGGAGGCGUUCAAGGCGCUGGUCAGCCUCUUCCUCAGCAGGGCGUUCGAGCAGUUCCAGAGCUCGGAGCCCCGCGAGGUGCUGUACAAGUUCUACGACGUGUCGCGCGCCCACUUCUACGGGCACGUGCAGAGGCGCCUCUGGGUGGAACUUCCACCUGAGGAGCGUCAGGGCGAGGAGGAGCCGCUCGUCGGGCUUCUCCUUCGCACGAUGUACGGCACGAUGGAUGCGAGCCAGGUCUGGCAGGGAGACUACGUCGAGCUGCUGAAGUCCGUCGAGUUCCUGCAGGGGAAGUCGAGCCCCGCCAUCCUGUGGCACCCUGGGCGUGACAUCGCCCUCGAGGUGCAUGGCGACGACUUCGGCGUACUGAUGUACGCAGACGACGAGGCCUGGUUCGACGAGCUGCUGAAGAAGUACGACUACAAGGUCACGGGCCGCCUUUCCUCGACGGCCGAAAGGGUCCAGAGCACGGUCUACUUGAACCGCGUGCUCAUCUGGGAUCCCGCCGCAGGCGAAGCACGUAUCGAGUCGGACGUCCGUCACGUCGACAUGAUCCUUCGAGACCUGCACCUGUGCGACGCCAAGCCAGCGCAGACGCCUGCGGUCAAGAAGAGCGUGACCGAGACGAUCGAGGCCUCGCAGUCCCAGACGCUCGACGACGCACAGUCCAAGCUCUACCGCUCGCUGGUCAUGCGCGCGAGCUACAUCGGGCAGGACAGGGCCGGCUCGCUGGUGUUCAAGCUGCAAGAGUUCCCCACGCGCGUCGAGAUCUUUGUAGACGCGGACUGGGCCGGCGAGGCGACUACCAGGAAGUCGCGCAGUGGCAUGAUGCUCAUGCUCGGCUCCCAUCUCGUGAAGCGCGCUUCCACUCAGCAGACCACGGUCGCGCUGUCUUCAGGGGAGUCCGAGUAUUACGCGAUGCUGAAGGGUGCGAGCCACGCGCUGGGGCUGCAGUCGAUGCUCUACGACUUCGGCGUGCGGCAUCUAGAGAGGCCACUGCUACGCAGUGACAGCGUGGCGGCCGAAGGCAUCGCCACGCGGCAAGGCCUUGGUGCGGUCCGUCAUAUAGACACGAGGUUCUUGUGGCUGCAGGACCAGGUCAAGGCAGGCAAAGUGGAGAUCAAGCAUGUGCCGGGCCUCUUGAACCCGGCCGACGCGUUCACCAAGGCGCUGGACCAGACACAUCUGAGACGGCACUUCGAGGCUAUGGGCUUUAAGGUGCGCGACGAGGGCAGCCCGCUCCAUC